CAUGUCUUGCUGUGCAUUUUCUCUGUACCUACAUGUCUGUUCCUGCCAGGAAAGACCAGGUAAGCGGUGAACACAAUUCCAUAUCUGCCCAGCUGAUAACAAGGAAAAGGUUAUCUCUGAUUAGUGUACAUCUCCAAGUUCUCCUCCACCAAGAAAGGUCUCUAUCCCCUCCUGCUGUUAAUUGGGGAGAUAGCCGGAAAGAUGCUUAUAUCCACCUGAAGAUAUAAAAGGGACUCAGCUACACUGAGAAGCUGGCAAAAGGCAGUUGUGCUGUCACAGGAAACCCAAUUCCCAUCUUGCAGAGCUCUCAGCCAUGCCCAAGUUUCUCCUGGCUCUGGUGCUUGGAGUGUUGCUCUCAGAGAAAUGGCUGGUGAGUGAAGCCAGGACACCCACCUAUGGUGUCAAGCUGUGUGGCAGGGAGUUCAUCCGUGCUGUCAUCUUCACUUGUGGAGGAUCCCGCUGGCGACGAGCAGAAAAUGCUGCUAUCCAACCAUUGCUCACCUUCUUCCCUUCUUCAGAAAAGAUGCUCGAAAUAUUGAGACUCAAGCUCUGUUUGAAAAAGGAAAUCUUAGUGCUCUCCUUGGGGGAGAUCCUGCAGAAGCAUUUGAUGCAACAUCAUUAUCCAAUGAAUGGAAUCCAGUCCAUUCCUCCCAACAGGAUCCCUCUGACAAUUAUGGGAGUUGGCAAGGUCGGCAGAGCUAUGCCCUCUCCAAAGAGCCCUGGCCUUUGGAUCGCGGAGCCCGAGAUGUUAUGGAAAGCCUGAGCAAUGCCUGUUGCAAGUGGGGCUGCAGCAAGCGUGAGAUCAGUUCUUUAUGUUAGGUGGCGGUUUUCAUUUACCGCAUGUGUUCCUUGAUUAAAAAAAUAAAAUAAAACAAGGAAGUAUACAAUAGAAUUUGUGAGCUUGAAGAUUUAUUAACCAGCAUGCAUGCAAAUGCAACAUGAGUUCAUCCAUGAAACAUCCAUGCCUUUCUUCAAAGUAGACACUGAUUGUCAAAGAGGCCUAUGGAUCCCACUUACAUGGUUAUACUUACUUUUAAAGUGCUCUGCAGGUCUCACAUGAAAGUCUUG